AUGCUUGCCAUGGAAUCGCGAAAACGCCAUAAUUUAGAAGAUCCAGGACCUCUACAUCCAAAGAAACGUGCGCUGGCUAACGCUUUCGAUUCUCCUGUUCACCUCAACGGCAAUGUAUCAUCAACACCCACUCCCACCGCGGACGACGAACCAAAAGAUCAGGAUAGCCUUGAGCAAUUUCGCAAGGAGGCGAUUUUUCGACGCAUGCGGCACUAUUCACGUGAGAACCAACGAAGCCAAGUGCGCAUAGCAGAGCUGGAGCACAGAAAGACCUCGUACGAAGCCAGUCUUGCCGCGAUAGAAGCGUGUUGGUCACAGGUGAAUAUGAUGCUCUGUAGCGCGUUAUCUAUACGCUGA